GACGACGCCGUAUUGAAGACUCUUGUUAUGAAAUAACACUGGGAAGGAAAACUGAACUCCCUCUCUCUUUCUGUCAUUCUCCAAGAACAAAAAAUCUCUAUUCACUCUUCUCUUGGAAAUCGAGAAGAGUGAAUUGGAGUGAGAGAAGAUGGGGUUGUCGUUCACGAAGCUGUUCAGCAGUUUGUUUGCGAAGAAGGAAAUGAGGAUUCUGAUGGUAGGUCUCGAUGCUGCUGGUAAGACAACCAUCUUGUACAAGCUCAAGCUUGGAGAAAUCGUCACCACUAUCCCCACCAUAGGAUUUAAUGUUGAGACUGUGGAGUACAAGAACAUCAGCUUCACUGUUUGGGAUGUCGGUGGUCAGGACAAGAUUCGUCCACUAUGGAGGCAUUAUUUCCAGAACACUCAGGGUCUCAUUUUUGUGGUUGAUAGCAAUGAUCGAGACCGAGUGGUUGAGGCAAGGGAUGAGUUGCACAGGAUGCUGAAUGAGGAUGAACUUAGAGAUGCUGUUUUGCUUGUUUUUGCCAACAAGCAAGAUCUUCCUAAUGCAAUGAAUGCUGCAGAAAUAACCGACAAGCUUGGUCUUCAUUCACUCCGUCAACGCCACUGGUAUAUCCAGAGCACUUGUGCAACUUCUGGAGAGGGUCUCUAUGAGGGUCUGGAGUGGCUUUCCAACAACAUUGCCAGCAAGGCAUGAGACAUUUGAAAAAAAAUGGUUUUGCCUUGAGAUUUCAUGCAAGUCUGGCGGUUCUUGGUGAAAGAUACUUAUGUUUGAUAUAGUUAAGGUUGUAAUAGUUGAACACUUAUUAUAAGUAUUGUAUUUUGUGGUAACUUGGUUUUGUGUGAAUGCUUAAAUUAGCUAAUACUUUUAGCUAUAAUAAUUGGAACUUUUGUUCGUGUUC